AUGUUGACCUGGGUGUCAAGUACGUUUGAACUUCGCCUGAGCCAAGUAAAAGUAGUAUGUCAGUGUAUAAUUUUCCUCACGUACGUUUGCGGGUGCGUUUCAGUAUGGCUGUGUGUGUUUAUAACAUUUGAAAAUUUCAUACUUGUUCAAAGUCCUUUUUCCGCAAAACGGAUGUGCUCAAAAGUGACAAAAAUGUUAUUUAUUGUAUCGCUUGUAUUUCUUGGUUUAAAUCUACCAAUACAUAUUAUAAGGUUGUGGUUGUUGAUAGUUAUUUCCCAUCCACUACCAUAG